AUGGGAAAGCUGACAAUCCUCGCCCUCUUGUCCGUCUUGGCCCUAGCCGAGAUAGUCACCGCCUUAAGAAUCACAACCACAGUUGUAGAAGAUGACAAUAUUCCAGAACAGAGAAGUCACGAGCAAAUCCAAACAAAGCAACAGCUUCAGCACUGCCAGACCUACCUCCGAGAGAUAGCCCGCCGCCCUGCAACCCGACGUGGACAGGGGGAUCGACUUGAGCAGUGCUGCAAUGACCUAAGAAGCCUGGACCAGGAGUGCCGCUGCCAGGGUCUUCAGCAAGCCAUCCUCCACCAACAACAGCAGCAACAACAACAGACACACCAAGGAGAAGGAUUCCAGGAACGGCUUCUCAAGGAAGCAGAGACUCUUCCAUCUAAGUGCGACACUACACCACGAACCUGCUCCUUCCAAAGGCCCAGAUGGAUCUAG